AUGCUAAACACUUUAGUAAACUUGAGCUCAAUGCAGAAUACCAUCAAAUCGAGCUUGCAGAAGAAUCAAGCCGAAACUAUAUGGGACCCGAAAGCAGCAGGGCGGACCAAUAACGAGAGCCAGCAGUGGAAUCCGGUCACCUCGAAACAGCCGGAAUCCACAGCGAUCCAAUCGGUCUGGAACCUAGGGCAGGAGGGCAAUCAGAGUACAUUCACGGACGGACUGAAGAUCUUCUCCCUGGACUACCAUCACGUCCAAGUCCCUUUUGAAAUAACACUAUGGAUCAUGUUAGCAUCGCUGGCCAAAAUAGGAUUUCAUCUCUACAUCAAGCUGCCCUCUAUAGUGCCUGAAAGCUGCCUGCUUAUAAUUGUGGGCCUGAUAAUGGGAGGAAUAAUCUAUGGAGUGAAUGAGAGAUCUGCACCAGUUAUGAGCACUGAUGUCUUUUUCCUUUAUCUGCUGCCACCGAUCGUACUCGACGCAGGCUACUUCAUGCCAAGUAGGCCCUUCUUUGAGAACAUUGGGACAAUCCUUUGGUAUGCGGUUGUGGGAACCAUAUGGAAUGUUUUUGGAAUUGGCUUGUCCCUUUACGGGAUUUGCCAGGUUGAGUCCUUUGGCCUAAAGGAUAUUUCCCUGCUCUACAAUUUACUGUUCGCCAGUUUGAUUGCGGCUGUGGAUCCAGUGGCUGUCCUGUCUGUGUUUGAAGAGAUUCAUGUAAAUGAGCAGCUGCACAUUCUGGUUUUUGGUGAAUCACUCCUCAAUGAUGCCAUCACCGUGGUUUUAUACAAACUCUUUAAGACUUUCUGCACCAUGCCCUCAGUUGGAGUGUCAGAUAUUUUGGUUGGAAUUGUUAAGUUCUUUCUUGUGGGAUUCGGAGGUUUACUGGUGGGCAUUACUUAUGGAAUCAUUGCAGCCCUCACUACUCGCUUCACAGAGAAUAUCCGUGUGAUUGAACCUCUCUUCGUAUUCCUGUACAGCUAUUUGUCAUACCUGACUGCUGAAAUGUUCCAAUUCUCUGGCAUUGUGGCAAUUAUUGCCUGCUCUAUGAGUAUGAAGCGAUAUGUGGAGGCUAAUAUCUCUCAGAAGUCUCACACUACAAUCAAAUACUUCAUGAAGAUGUGGAGCAGUGUGAGUGAGACCCUCAUCUUUAUUUUCCUCGGUGUUUCUACUAUUGGGGACAAGCACGAAUGGAGUUGGCCCUAUGUAUGUUUCACAAUGAUAUUUUGCCUUGUCUGGAGAGCAGUUGGUGUCAUUUUCCUGACAUUUAUCGUGAAUAAGUUCCGUGUGAAUGUGGUAACGAGAAAGGAUCAGUUCAUUAUAGCCUACGGCGGAUUGCGAGGAGCAAUCUGUUUCUCCCUUGUUUUCUUACUUCCAAAUUUCCCUCAGAAGAAGUUGUUCACCACAGCUACUAUAGUGGUCAUCUUUUUUACAGUCUUUGUUCAGGGAAUGACAAUUAAACCACUUGUUGAGUUACUAGAAGUUAAAAGAACAAGUCAAGCACCUCCAACUGUAAGUGAGCAGAUUCAUAUUCGGUUCUUGGAUCAUUUGUUGGCUGGUAUUGAAGACAUCUGUGGACAUUGGGGCCAAUAUUACUGGAAAGACAGAUUUGAGAACUUCAACAAUAAAUAUCUCAACAAGGUUUUCAUCAGAGAGCAACAUUUGUCAAAAUCCAGCAUUGUUGUUUUAUACCAGAAACUGGAGAAGAAACACGCUAUUGAGCUGGCAGAGGCAGGCCAGCUGGUUGGUGCACCAUCCCUCGCUUCUCUCCACGAUGAACAAACUGCUGAAGUUUGCAAAAGUCCGGUUCCUUCAGAGCAGUUCGAUAACAUUCAGGAGCUCUUGAUAAGAAAUCUUUAUCGAAUAAGGCAAACGGGAGACUUUGAUCUAUUGGUCCUGUUUGAACAGACGCAGUCUUACAACAGACACACCCUGCCCCAAGGAAAAAAUUCAAAUCAAGCCAAAGAGAUCUUUCUGCGUCGUCAAGAGAGUCUCCUCAAAGAUGAUGGCGUCCUGAAUCUAAUGCAGAAAAGAUCAAUUUGCCUUCCUGGUGAAUCACAAAAGAAGGGAAAACUAGCUCGAUCCCUUACAGGAUUACUAUUAGCUGAAAAUUCUCUACAGGUCUCACCAUGCAAGCUUGUUACUUGCCAGGCCACACACGAGCACAGGCUGAAUACAAAGCGUCAUCGUCUGAAUCGGACCUCAUGGAUGCCUUUUGCCCAGCAGUCCUCCGAGUGCCAGGGAGCUCAGCUGAACCUGCCACCUCCUGCUGUUGACACGUGUCCGUGCGAUGACCACCAGAUUAAACUCGAGUCUAAGGAUUCGAAGUAUGACCAACCUCAUCAUAAAACCGCAAGUCAGCCAUGA